AUGUCACCGUCUCAAGAAAACUGUAUGGCUAGUCAACAGUACCAGCAAGUCCUCGCACCCGCAGCUUCUGAUACUCUCCAAAUAGCGCUUCAGAACAAAACUAGCAGCAGCAACGUCUUCGCAUACAUCACAGGCCUCGCCCUCAGCAACAACAAUGUCCCAAUCUUCAUCCAAUCAGACGGUCACACGGUGUACUCUCCUACCUCUCCGUCUCAGCCCGGCGCUGCUCUUGCUGCGGACGUCGCAAUCUCUCUCGGCUCUCCUGGAAAUACUGUGAACGUGACCAUUCCAAAAAUCGCGGGCGGUCGAAUUUGGUUCUCCGUUGAUGCUCGCCUUACGUUUCUGGUGAAUCCUGGACCUGCAAUUGUCGAGCCGUCAGUCACCAAUCCCACUGAUUCGAACAUUAACAUUUCCUGGACAUUCUGCGAAUUCACCUACAACGACGCCCAGCUCUUCGCAAACAUCAGUUCCGUCGACUUUGUCAGCAUUCCUGUCGGUAUCUCGCUCACCAACACCAGCGGACAAACUAAAAGCGUGCCCGGUAUGCCCUUGAAUGGAUUCUCAACGGUGGUGGACCAGCUGCGUGCUCAAGCAAGCAAAGACAAGCGUCCAUGGGACCAACUAAUCUACUCGUACAACGGCCAACCUCUGCGAGCCCUUAGUCCCAACAACCUUCUCGUAGGCAAUGCAAACGCAUGGGGCGAUUACUGGAACAGCUACGUGCAGCAAGUAUGGUCGAAAUUUACGAACCAAGACCUCACGGUCAACACGCAAGCUGCCGCUGGGAAUCUGACAGGCCGCGUGACCAACGGCCAACUCUCUCUUGGUGAAGCAGGCACUUUCUCCGCGCCUAGCGCUGCAGAUAUCUUCUCCUGCUCGACUGGUCCGUUUGCGACGGGCUCAAACCAGGCGCGGAAUGCGGUCAUCCCGAGAUUGGCGGCGGCUUUCAAUCGCAGCACUUUGUUGCAAACAAAUCAGUUCCCCAAUGGGAGCACACCAGCGGAUUAUUAUAAGAAUGAUGUUACGAACCAUUAUGCGAGGAUUUUGCACCAGGUGCAGAGAGAUGGACGUGGUUAUGCAUUCCCGUAUGACGAUGUCGCUCCAGAUGGGGGCAGCGAUGUCGCGGGUACAGUGUUUGAUAGCAGCCCGAAGCUAUUUACAGUGUCUGUGGGUGGUGGGUAG